AUGUCCCAGCUGAGGAGCCCUGCUGGCCGCCUGGCCGCGACGUUUCUCCUCAUCCUCCUUGCCGCCGCCACAGCAUUCUCAGCUCAACUAUCUCCUCAUGACCCACAAGCCCCAGGCUCAGGCUGCCAGAAUGACAUCGACGCACUGUGGAGCAGCUGCAAGAAGUUCGUCCAGAAGGAGGGGCCCAAGCAGCCUCCGUCCGAGGAGUGCUGCAAAACCAUCAAGGCCACAGAUGCCGAUGCGUCCUGCAUCUGCGACUAUCUGGGCUCCCCGGACGCCAGGAACAAACUAAGCCUGGAGAAGGUGUUCUACGUUACCAAACAGUGCGGCGUCACCAUCCCUAAGGGCUGCGGUGAGCAGCUUGGUCAAUGGUCUCAUGUGGGAACAGAUGCUGACAAUGACAUGCUGGCCAGUUAA